AUGCCCUUUCUCGAAAAGAGGGAUCCCUCCUCCUUCGUUGAGCUCUCGACGUGGAAAGGGCAUUUGAAACCCGUCAAGAGCGUCGCGGUGUUCCCGUCGGGCGACCGCGUCGUGUCCGGGUCUGCGGACGAGACGCUCAGGCUGUGGGACGCGAGCACGGGCCAGUGCCUGGUGACGUGGAAAGGGCAUUCGGACAACGUCCUUAGCGUCGCGGUGUUCCCGUCGGGCGACCGCGUCGUGUCCGGGUCCGAAGACAAGACGCUCAAGCUGUGGGACGCGAGCACGGGCAACUGCCUCGCGACGUGGAAAGGGCAUUCGGACUACCUCAACAGCGUCGCGGUGUUUCCGUCGGGCGACCGCGUCGUGUCCGGGUCCGACGACAUGACG